UAUAUUUCAUGAAACAUUAAAUCCCCUUUUACGCAACCGUCCCUUUAUUGAUCUCCAGUGAAGAUAGGGAUAGAGGGCGGAUAAGGAAGAUUUCCGUUCUCAGGUCACAGUCAGUCUGGUUUCACCUCCACCACCUGGGGCUAGCCUCUGCCUCUCUGGGAGCUGUAACAGGAGCAAUUUGCGUUACAUUGGACAUGUUUCAAACGCAUCUUGGCGUUCAAAUGUUCUUUACAGUAACCAUUUCACAGCCUCAUUACUGUUUAUAGGCCAUACUUUUCUGCCAGAGCAUCGCGGCUGCGCUGCGUCGUCAGGUGUGCGCUAAAGGCAAGACAGUGGGAUCUGUUGUUGACGCCUCUUCGCUCCCGCACCGGGUCUGGUCGGACAGGAGGACACACGCCCCGCUAACGAGAGGAAUUAAGUCUUACGUGCGAGGAGCAGCUUUCUAAUCUCUGAUCUCUUGGAUUACUCUUCCGAUGGACGGGAUUUGGCCACCGUCCGUGUGUUUUGGCCACUGUUUUACGCACACUGUGCACCAUUUUUGCGCGCUCUUAUAUGCGCCCCUGGCAUUUGCAUGAUGGAUUAAACACUCAUUAGUUUUAGCCUAGUUUUUGAGUUGUGCUCUCUGAACAAUUGUGGAUUAUUAAUGGAUUCGCAUCAUGCUGAAUGAUGGUGAUCGUUUGGUCGCUGAAGCGCGCAGCCGUACGUUGGAUUAAGAGCCAGAGACUUUCCACCGCUCCUGGACCAAACACCUGUUUAUUCCCCUGAGACACUUUGACCUGCUUUCCCCCUAUUGACGCGCCGGGAUGGAGAGCGAGCUGAGACCCAGGCUCUGUUUCCUGACCAAAGGAGAGCGCGGCUAUGGCUUUCACUUGCACGGCGAGCGGAAUAAAGGCGGACAGUUUAUUCGCAAAGUGGAACCGGGCUCCUCGGCUGACCUGGGCGGGCUGCGACCAGGGGACCGGGUGGUGGAAGUGAACGGGGAGAAUGUGGAGAACGAAACCCACCACCAAGUGGUGAACCGUAUCCGUGAGGUGCCGCACCGCACCAGGUUGCUGGUGGUGGACAGGGACACGGAUGACUACCUCAGCAGUCAUGGCCUGGCCUGCACCGAGGACCUGGCCAUUGAGAUGGGAACCCUCUCCCCGCGCCCCUCACCGGGGCCUACCCCUUGUACCUCUCCCUUACCCAGAGAUAAUUCACCCCUGUCACCCAAACCCAACCACACAUUCUCAUUUCACCCUCCUGCUGCAGACUCGCCCACACACACGAUCACAAAAGGCAAGGUCAAGAGAUCCUCAGUGACAUCAAGUACAGCGACAGACACAGAGCUGCAGGUGCAGCCCUCGCCAGAGCCGCCAGCUGAGCUCAUUCCCCGGCUGUGUCACCUGGUGAAGGGGGAGCAUGGCUACGGUUUCAAUCUGCACAGCGAUAAGACAAAGGGUGGACAGUUUGUACGUUCGGUGGACCCCGGUUCAGCUGCUGAGAAUGCAGACAUUAGGCCCGGAGACAGACUAGUGGAGGUGAACGGAGUGAACAUCGAGGGCCUGAGGCACUCAGAGGUGGUGGCAUUUAUUAGAGCAGGAGGGGAGGAAGUGCGCCUCCUAGUAGUCGACCAGGAAACGGACAAGCUCUUCCACAGACUGGGGCUCACACCCACCACCAGCCAUGACAAAGAGGUCUAUGUGGAUGAAUCAGCCACAGAAAGCGGCCCACCUACCCCCUCUCCCACCACUGAACUCCCCGCCACAGAUCCACCAAUCAUAAACGUCACGCUGACAGACUCUCCGAUCACAAAAAUGUCUCCAAAAUCCAGGGCCAACGGGAGCUCAGCAUCUCAGUCCUCAAGAAGUUCUACCACCCACUCGGAGAUCAGCAGCUCAGACAUGAGCAUCCAGGUCCCUGAUGAGGACGACAGCCGUGUUUCGGACCCUUUCACAGACAGUGGCCUGCGUCUGAGUCCCACAGCUGCUGAGGCUAAACAAAAGGCCCUCGCCAGCCGCAAAAAGAAGAGAGCACCUCCUAUGGACUGGAACAAGAGACAAGAGAUCUUCAGCAACUUUUGACUCUGAGACGCAGUGGUGGAAUGUAACGAAGUACAUUUACUCAAGUACUGUACUUAAGAACACAUUUGAGGUAUAGUUUAACCAUAUUAAAUCAUAUUCAUUUCAGAGCCAUGAGUAGUGACUAUGAGUCGAUAACAGCCUAAAUGCACCCAGUCUGAUUUAGGGCCAUAUUUGCUGUAGAUGCCCUUUUCUGUUGGAACUUUGGUAGGUUUUAUUUGUUGAAGUAAUAGUUUCAUGUCUUUUCAAAUUACAGUGAGCUCAUUGUGAGUCCUCGUAGUUGUCUUUGUAUUAACAUUUUGUUUGUCAGUUGUAAUGUAGCAUAUCACUUGUAAAUACAGAGGGAAUGGGAGAGACUAAGUUAUGACAUUACGUUGGAUCACCUCAGUGCUUCUCUUCAAUGUUAGAGGGAUUUCUGUGAAGAAAAAUAUUUAAAAGACAGAUGGCUAUCUAGAUAGAAAAAGUGUAGACCCUCUGAUCUCUUGUUGUAGCCUCUUGAGGAAUGUUUUCUCAAAUGUGCUUGGUUGAAACGUAUCAUAAUGUGAAAUAAACUUUCAGAAUAUGUGUAAAUGCCACAACAGAACGUCUGCUAUAAACACAUCGUGAAAAGUU